AUGGCAUCAAUCCGCCUACAGUUAGGGCGCGAAAAGCCCUUCCUUUCCUCCUUCACCACGAAGGCAUGCUGCCUUCGUUCGACGCUGCAAGCUCUCACUACGGUCACUGCUCCCUUCACGCACUCCUUCUCCACCACAUCGGCCAAUCUCAACUGGCUCAUACCAAAACGCGGCGAAAGCACCAAAUCGCGCAAAGGCCGGCCACGUGUGCCCACCGGUGGCAGCGUGCGAGGGACAACGGUUGUGUGGGGAGACUAUGGCAUUCGACUCAAAGACCACGACCGGCGCAUAAGCGCUGCGCAGCUCAAAAUCGCCGAUGAAACGAUCCGCCGCAGACUAAGAGGGAUGAAGUACCGUUUGUACCAUCGCGUGAGCGCCAACAUCGGCGUGUAUACUUCCGGCAACGACCAGAGAAUGGGAAAGGGGAAGGGCUCGUUCGAUUACUGGGCAGCAAGAGUGGCAGUGAGCAAGGUGCUCUUCGAGUUAAGAGGCGAGAUUCACGAGCAGGUGGUUCGAGACGCCUUCCGCUUGGCGGGCAACAAGUUACCCGGCACGUACGAAUUUGUGCGGAAAGGAGAUCCCCCCGUGAUGGGCAUCACAAAGGUCACGGAGAGCAUGACGGAGGAGAUGUUGAGGAGACCAAGAAUGCCACCCAAAGACAAGCCCAACGCGCCAAUGCCGAAUUUGGAGGCGACGGCGAUGAGGAUGCCAGCCACAACACCGCCAUGA